UGAUAGUUGGGUGCAGUCGCUGCCAGAGAAGGAAGCGGAGUUUCCGGCUAUUUGCAACGGAGUGCGAGGACUGCUGACACCGCGAAACCCCGUGAAAAAAGCCGCCGGCUCGGGGGCUAGAAGUUUAGCAUCGGUAGCGGUCGUUUUUCCCUCCAUACCAGUUUAAGCUGUUCAAUUACGGGCCACGGGUUCGAACAGCGAGCGGAGAGGAAGAGCGAGGACUAGGCAUCAGGCGGGGGUGACCCACCGACUACCGGCAUGGCCAGGGACUACGACUACCUCUUCAAGCUGCUCAUCAUCGGGGACAGUGGAGUGGGAAAGAGCAGUCUCCUCCUGCGAUUUGCAGACAACACUUUUUCAGGGAGCUACAUCACCACGAUCGGUGUGGACUUCAAGAUCCGGACGGUGGAGAUCAAUGGCGAGAAGGUGAAGCUACAGAUCUGGGACACGGCCGGGCAGGAGCGCUUCCGCACAAUCACCUCCACAUACUACAGGGGGACCCACGGGGUCAUCGUGGUGUACGACGUCACCAGCGCCGAGUCUUUCGUCAACGUCAAGCGAUGGCUCCAUGAAAUCAACCAGAACUGUGACGACGUGUGCCGAAUAUUAGUCGGGAACAAAAACGACGACCCCAACUCGAAGGUGGUGGAGACGACCGACGCCCAGAAGUUUGCGGAGCAGAUGGGCAUCAACCUGUUUGAGACGAGCGCCAAAGAGAACAUCAACGUCGAAGAGAUGUUCAACUGCAUCACAGAGCUGGUGCUGAGGGCCAAGAAGGACGUGAUGGCCAAGCAGCAGCAGCAGCAACAGAACGACGUGGUCCGGCUCGGCAAGAGCAGUAAACGAAAGAAAAAGUGCUGCUAGCGAAGCCCAGUGGGAAAACGGCCAGCAGCUUCUCUUCUGCAAAGAACACACAUCAACACACAUUCUCACACACACACACACACACACACACACACACACACACACACACACACACACACACACACACACACACACACACACACACACACACAUCAACACACAUUCUCACACACACAUAUAAACACACACACUCAACGGGACUCCAAGUAUCUUAAAAUAUUCAGUAAAUAUACACAUUUAAGGAAACUAAAUAAACGGAAAAUGUCCCCUUUGGACAUGCCAAUCAUGAAGACUUACGGAAAAGGAAAAUGAAAAAAAUAAAUGUACAGAUUUUAUGAAAAAGUCAGAUCAUGUUUUACUGGAGCUCCGCAGCGUCACACUGAGAUCCUCCUUUUCACUUCAUGUUUUUAAUUUCCCCUCUUAACGGGACGUGAGCACGCAGCGGUCCCCCCCCCACGGCCCCUCCAGUCACCAGACGUGCAGCCGGCGCUCUAGCAGAAGAUAAGGGCAUCUCGGGGGGUUUCCUUCAGUGCGGAGGGUUUUCAGAGGUCGGGGGGACAGGUGAAGGCGGAGGGUUUUGGAUCCUCACCUCUUUAACCGAGGGAUGCUUAGAGAGUAUUUCAAUGGACACAACUGGUGCCAGGAAUUAUUUGUUCUGUUUGUGAUUUUUUUGUCUUGUCUAUGAUUUGCCAACCCCCCCCCCCCCCCCCUGCUCUUUACCCUCCUACUUCCAGUUGUGCUGAGCCAACAAGUUUAUCUUUUAUACCUUAGCCUCCCCCUCCAUCAAUUGUUGUUUUUUUAUUAUAAAAAAUAUUAUACUGCCAAAAUUAUCUAAAUGAAAAGAAUGCUUUUAUGAAUUCAAGUGUCAGACUGUAGCCUCAGCCUCCUCCUCUCCCAUCCCGCUACCUGCUCACUCUACACGCCACAUAUCAGCACUGGGCAUGGCAGCAGAGCAUUCACCUCCUGUUUUGGACCACUAGAGGGAGACACACACACACACACACACACACACACACACACAAGGCUCUUUACUCGAUGAGAGCUGGAGACCAGAGGAGCAGUCCACAGGGUUUUUUCAGGCCCCAGUAAGACCAGGACUCACCCUACACCCGUCAUUACCUUGGCAUGUGCCACUUUUACUUUGAAAGAGUCUGCUUGCGGUAAAUGUAUCCCACGGUGUGUUUUAGUAAUCACAACUGUCAACGACGUGGCUUUAGCUCCUCGUCGCCUUGUUAAACGGAUGGUGACGUGUCAUUGUGUAUGGUUUGAUUAAGAGACUCUAUUAAAAUUCUCUUGUCACUCA